GCAUGCGUAAUUGAGAAUCUGGUUUUUAACAGAAAGUAUUGUUUAUUUUGCAAAAUAACAAUUUUUGAAGAUUUGUGACGAAUUUUAAGACCGCGACAACAUUUUUCUCUGUUUGGGAUUAAUUUGUUACAUGGGAGCUUCAUAAUGCACCUUGACGAAGACCUAAAGGAAGAUCGGAUGGAUUUUAUCGAAGAACAAGUAAAAUUCGUAAAAACCGAAAAAGAAGGUCCUGACAGGUGCAAACAUUCAUUGAAAAUAAGCACAAUGAAGAUGAAAAUACGUGAAAAACUGAUCACGCCCUCGAGACCUGUAAAUUCCAUAAAAAAUGUAAAUAUAUUAAAAAAAAGACCGCAACCCGGAAGUGUUACGAUUAAUAAUGAAAAUAAAACUGAAAAUUUAAACCAACCUAAGGUACAAAUAUCAAGCCCCGUAGUGACGAAUAAGCAAAAUGGUGUUGGUUCAUAUUAUUGUGUUAGUUCAUAUUCUGAAAUUGAAAGAAUUAAGGCCGAAGAGCGAAAGAUUAAAGUUCAGGUUAGGUCUCCACCAAAGUCAAGGCAAGUAAAAACAGUUCAAAAUCUCAAUAAUGAUUUUUAUUUCAGUUCAAAUCCUGGCAGCAAAAUCAACAAUUUUAGGCCACGGAAAGCUGCAAUACAGUUUAAUGAACAGCACUUGAAAAAUCCAUUUGCAGCGAAACAAAUGUGGAAAGUUGCCACUUCAGUAAUAGAACAACAGAGACGAAUUAUAAAAAAUUUGGAAACCAAAAACGAGAAACUUUGUAAAAGAAUUAAACUACUAGAAGCCGCGUUCAACGACAUACAGAAUUCAUCAAACAAAUCCGGAAAUUGUUACAUUAUACUCAAAAAACCGGGCAAUUAUGUCAUCCAAUGGAGCUAAUCACGUCACCGAAGUAUGUUCGAUAAGUUUUUGUCUUAAAUAAAGCGUCUACAACUUU